ACCUCAGCACAAGCACUUGCGCGUGGAUUUGAAGUUGGGAGACUUUCUUUUUGUCCCGUGCGUAAAUUUAACGAGAAGAAUGCACCUUCUUUCCAUGAGUGUCUCAGCCUGCGAGUAGGCCUAUUUCACGAUGGGAUCUUUUGGUUGUGAAUAGCGCUGGCGAUGAGCGUGCUGGCCUAACGCAAAAGUCUGGGAUUUGAAGCGCAGCAGCGGCGGGACAUCGCAGGUCACAGCGGGACCGUCUUGGCUCAUACUGCUCAUUAGCGUCCUGGCGCACAUAAUGCUUUUACGCGCCGAGUGCCUUUUCUCCAGCUGAGCUGACGCACAGCGUGGGUGAUGCGGUUUGAAACCAUUGAGAGGAGAGCAUAACUUCUAAGAGGUAUUCUGGUUCGUAUCCAUAAAGAAAAUUAAUCUACUGACCCUAAGUGACCAUGCGAGGACCAGCGGAAAUGAUGACCGUGGACCGCACAGACUCCGCGUUCGUCCCCCAGAAGGAGAUCGUAUAUAACGGCCUGCUGCCCUACUCCAGCCGGCUGGACCAGGAGGCCUCCGAGCUGCUGGCCACCAUCAAGGCCAAUCUGAGCCGGGCUGUGCUGGUCCGGGAGCUGUGGCCCGGGGCCGCGUUCUGGUGUAGGCACCUCUUCUCGUUCCUGAAGCUGUACGGACUGCGAUUCAGUAAGGAGGACCACGUCCAGUUCAUCAGGCUGCUGUACGAGCUGGUGACGCUGCCCCAUCUGGAGCCACACGUCAUGCAGAGCUUCGCCCGGCUGCUCAUCCAGUUGCUGAAGAAGAAGGAGCUGCUGUCCAGGGACGACCUCCAGUUACCGUGGCAACCGCUGUACCUGCUGUACGACCGCGUCGUCUACUCCAAGACGGAACACCUGGGCCUCGUCUGGUACCCCAGCUCGGUGGAACACAUCCUGAAGGCGUUGGUGAGGAACUGCAGACUGUACUUUCCGGCGUCGAGCACCCAGGAGAUGCUGAGCGAGUGGCGCCCCCUGCUGUGCGUGUUCGACGCGGUCAUGCUGAAGGCCGUCAGCAACAUGGAGCUGUUCCUGCCCACCGUCAUGCCCCCCCCGGAGCACCCCCAGGGCUUCCUUUUGUGGUUUGAUGAGUUAAUGAGUCUCUGGAUGGCCGUGCAGAAUCAACCCAGCUGGGAGGGGCACUUGGUGAACCUCUUCGCUCGCCUGGCCAACGACAACAUCGGCUACGUGGACUGGACCCCCUACAUCCCUACUAUCUUCACCAGGAUCCUCCGCAGUCUGAACCUGCCUGUGGGCGUGGGUCACAUGGUCACCUCGCGGUACCUCGCCAACACCUACGACAUCGGACACCUGGUGCUGUGGAUCGCCGCCCUGCUGGGCGGGCCAGGGAACCCCGCGCAGAAGCAGCUGACCUGCCUCUUCGACAGCAUCGCCUCCUUCUACCAUCCGUCCAAUCACGGCCGCUGGCAGUCCCGUCUGAUGCGUCUGCUGCAGCGUCUUCCCGCCACGGUGGUGCGGCGGGUGCACCGGGAGCGCCACGCCCCCCCCAGCUGGAUUCCCCCCGUCCCGGAGCCCCAGAGGCUGAGCGACGCCCACCUGCUGGAGUUCAGCACCAGCCUCAGUGGCGCCGCCCUGCUGGCCAUGUUCAGUAAGACGGGCAGCAUGGAGGCAGCGUUCGCCCUGCAGCACCUGGCCCUGCUGUCGCCCCAGCUCACCAUCCCCCCCGUGCUGGAGAAGACCUACGUUGCUAUGGAGACGCUGACGGAGCCCCACACCCUGACCGCCACCCUCAGCUGCAUGGUCGGCAUGGCCCGCAGCCUCGUUUCCCCCGGCAACAGCUACCCAGAGGGCCGAGUGCACGUGCUGCCCCUGCUCAUGGGGGCGCUGCCCGGAGUCGACCCCAACGACUUCAGCAAGUGCAUGGUAACGUUCCAGUUCAUCGCCACCCUGACCACCCUGGUGCCUUUAGUGGACUGUUCCUCUGCUCCCUCCCAGCGAAGCGACCUCACAGAGACAGAGCUGUGUUUCGUCUCAGCACAGUUUGAAGACUUUGUCCUCCAGUUUCUGGACAGGUAUGGCAAGUGUGCUUUCUCCCUGGUGGACAGCAGUGCUCUGGAGCAGACGAGGGGGGAGACGGAGACGGACACCCAGAACCAGCUGGAGAGCCUGCUGGAGCUGGGGCUCACAUCCACCGUCGGCACCAUCCUCACCCAGUGCUCCCCGGAGAUUUACCAGGUGGCGCUCCGUAAGCUGCACCUGUUCGCCACCAGCAGCACCUUCGAGACCUGUGUGUCCGGCCGGAUGGUGGCCGACAUGUGUCGCGCCGCUGCCAAGUGUCAUCCUGCUGAGGCACUCCGUCUGUUCGUCCCUCACUGCUGCAGCAUCAUCCUCCACAUUACCGACACUGAGACGCUGAACGAAGACGAACCGGACAAGGAACUGCUGUGGAAUCUCCAGCUUCUGUCUGAGGUGGCGCGCGUGGACGGCCGGGAGCUGCUGCCGUACGGCGGGGCCCUGGAGCGGACCCUGAGUGCCAGCGUGGGGCUGCGCUGCAAGCGGGCGUACGGCCUGGCCUGCAGCCUGCUGGAGCACGCGCUGAGGGCCCUGAGCCUGCACUACCCCACCGAGUACCGCAGCACCCCGGGGGGCUGGGGGGGCCCCGGGGGGCUCCCCAUACGGGACUGGGGGAGGGCGGGGGACGUGGGUGCGUUGGGGGUCACCUGGCACGUUCCCAGUGCUGAUGAGGAGGACUUGGUCUUCCAUCUGUUGUCCCGGCUCCUGAAGCCCGAGCUCCAGCGAAUCAGGGACCACGUCUCAGGAGGUCAGCCAAUGAGCAGGGAGGAGCUGUUGCAGAGUUUAGCCAUCGUGCAGCACUGCCUUCUGGGGGCUGGGAGCAUGCUGCCUCCCCUGGACGGACCGCGUGUACCGGACCUUGUCCCCUCCAUGGUGGCUUUAGAUGAGAUCAAGUUGUAUAUGGGUUUGGAAUACGAUGAUUCCAGAGAGAAGUACAGACAGGCCAUCUGCCAAACCAUGAGGCUGUUGCUACAUCACAUCUUGGAGAACUCUGAAGAUGACACCAGGUCAUUGUUUGCCAUCAUUAAGAUAAUCGAAGACCUCCUGUUCUUCCGUGGCACUGACAAGAAGGACUUUGACUCACGCUGGAAGAGCUUCACUCUGGUCAAGAAGUCCAUGGAAAACAGGCUCCACGGCAAGAAGCAGCACAUCCGAGCGCUGCUGAUCGACCGCGUCCUGCUGCAGCACCAGAUGAGGACGCUGGUGGUGGAAGGUAGCGAGUACAAAGAGCUGCACCAGGACCUACUGGGAGACCUGCUGCUGCUGUCCACCAGCACAUACAGCGAGGUGCGUAGCUUGGCACAGGAGGUGCUGAUGUCGGCGUUGGGGACGUUCAACUUCUCGUACCGAGACCAGACGCCCCGGAUCCUGAAGCUGCUCUCCCCGCACGUCAGCUGCUCCCCUCAGAGGUUUAAGGGGGCGCUGCACUGCCUGCUGGGCUACGGGGGUGUGUUCCUGGGUAGCAUGCGGGACUGGGACAGCGUGGGCCAGGUGUGGCCGGCCCUGGUGCGCUGCGGCCUGUCCCCCGCCCUGACGCUGGAGAAGCCGUCGGUCGGCCGCCUGCUGGACGCCAUCAUGGACAAGAUCCACCGGCUGCACGACACCGUGGGCAUCUGCUUCACCGUGUCAGAGCAGUGCGUGGAGAUAGCCAGUGAGAUGGCAGCAUCUCCAAACCCCGCCCCCAGCUUCGCCCCGCCCACCUCAGACGAGCAGAGGGAGGGCCUACAGCAACAGCGAAUCAGAAACCUCGUCGCCACGAGGAAGUACGAGAAGCUGGUCAACGACCUGCUGGACUGCCUGGAGGACAGUGAUCUGCCGUGGAAGUUCGAGCACAUGGCGGCCGACCUGCUGGCGCUGCAGCUGAGGGACGACCACGCCGUGCCCCCUGCCGCCGUGCUCUACUUCACCCAGAGCCUCACCAACGACUCGCUGGGCCUGCGCACGGUGGCGAUCUCCGCAGUCGCCGGAAUCCUGAAACAGCAGAAGAGACCAAGGAAGAAAAUUGCUGUCAGGCCCUCGGAUAUCAGCGGUGUAGAGGACCCCGGCCCUGUGUGUGCCGGUGACCGUGAGGGGAACCUCUGGCUGCAGUACGACAGCGGCAGGCUGCCAGCGACCCAGGAGCAGUGGGACUCCAGCCUCUACGUGGAGAAGACCCACUGGGGCUACUACUGCUGGCCCAGAGAACUGAUGAUCUACGCAGCUUCGCCCAAAGACGACCUGACGGAGGAGGAGAUGACGGAGGGUGAAAAGAUCAUCCUGGAAUAUUUCUCGGACGCAGAGUUUGUGGACCAGCUGCUGGGCUUCCUGUCGCUGGAGGAGCGCAAGGGGAAGGACAGCUUCAGCCCUCGGCGCUUCUGCAUGUUCAAGGGUCUCUUCCGUAACUAUGGCGACGUGUUCCUGCCGUUGCUAUGGCCUCGCCUCGAGGUGCUCGCUGACAACCCCCACGAGAGCGCCCAGCGCUGCGUGUGUGAGGUCACGGCCGGCCUCAUCAGGGGCAGCAAGCACUGGAGCUUCAGCAAGACGGAGAGGCUGUGGCAGCUCCUCUGCCCUUUAAUCAGACGGGCUUUGGCGAACCUCACCGUGGAGAACUUCACUGAUUGGGGCACCUGCAUCGCUACUGCCUGUGAGGGCCGGGAUCCCAGGAAGCUCCAUUGGCUGUUUGAGCUGCUGAUGGAAAGCCCCCUGAGCGGGGAGGGGGGCUCCUUCAGAGACGCCAGCCUCUUGUAUGUUAUCCAGGGGGGCGUGUCCCAGCAGCAGUGGCGGGUCUCAGAGCUGCUCCACCGGUUCCUCUCCAACCUGGAGCCCCGACUCACACACGUGUACAAGAACGUCAGGGAGCGCAUUGGCAGCGUGCUGACCUAUAUCUUCAUGAUGGACGUGGCUCUGCCCGGCACGCGGCCCACCUCCUCGCCGCGCGUGGCCCACUUCGUGGAGCGGCUGCUGGGGCGCCUGCAGCCCCUCAUGGCGGCGCCGGAGAUCCAGAACCAGGAGGAGCCCGGCCGCGGCCCCGAGACGGACCAGCACACGCAGGCCGUCAAGCUGCUCAAGACGGUUUUAAAAUGGCUGAUGGCGAGUGCAGGGCGCACCUUCACGACUCCUGUUCAGCAACAACUGCAACUGCUGCCACUGCUGUUCAAGAUUGCCCCAGUGGAGAGUGACGAGAGCUUCGAUGAGAUGAAGCAGGACGCUCGCACGUGCCUCUCCCUGAUGUCCCAGGGCCUGCUGUACCCCCAGCAGGUCGUCCUGGUGCUGGACACCCUGGAGGAGAUGGCGGGCGACCGGUCAUGGCACGCGCGCUUCCUGGUGCUGACGUACCUGCAGGUCAUGGUGUUCUACAACCUGUUCACGCUGCUGGCCGCGCCCGCUCAGGUGCUGCGGGUCCACACGCUCCUCAUGAGGCUGCUGCUGGACGAACAGCUGGAGGUGAGGGACAUGGCUGGCACCACGCUGAGCGGCCUGCUCCAGUGCCAGUUCUUCCCCCUGGACCAGGGUCUGCAGAGCCGCCUCCAGACCCUGAGUCAGACCCGGCUCUCCAGGACCAGGGGGGAGCCGGCCUCCACUGAGCUGGUGCGGCGCCAUGCGGGCGUGCUGGGCCUGAGCGCCUGCGUCCUCUCCAGCCCCUACGGCGUCCCCCACUGGAUGCCUCAGGUCCUGAUGGAGCUCAGCGACCACCUCAACGACCCGCAGCCCAUAGAGAUGACGGUGAAGAAGACGCUGUCGGAGUUCCGCCGCACGCACCACGAUAACUGGCAGCAGCACCGCCAACGCUUCACCGACGACCAGCUGCUGGUGCUCACCAACCUGCUGGUGUCGCCCUGCUACUACGCCUAGCACCAGGACUACAGUACCCACAAUGCACUACACACACACCCAUCCAGAGCUGCUACUACGCCUAGAGCCAGGACUACACUACCCACAAUGCACUACAUAUGCACACCCAUCCAGGGCUGCCACUACGCCUAGAGCACAGGACUACCGUACCCACAAUGCACUACAUGCGCACAUCCAUCCAGGUCUGUUAGUAUGCAUAGAGCACAGGACUACUGUACCCAGAAUGCACUGCACAUACACCCAUCCCGGGCUGCUACUAUACCUAGAGCGGAGGACUAGAGUACCCACAAUGCACUGCACACACACACCCAUCCAGGACUGCUACUACGCCUAGAGCACAGGGCUACAGUACCCACAAUGCACUGCACACACACCCAUCCAGGUCUCUUAGUACGCCUAGAGCACAGGACUAAGGUACCCACAAUGCACCACACACACAUCCAGGACUGUUACUACACCUAGACCGCAGGGCUACAGGAUUACAGUAACCAGAAAACACACACACACACACACACACACACACACACACACACACACACACACACACACACACACACACAACCUUCAGGACUACUGAGUCACUGAGGACCCUCUGUCUGGUGGCUCUUUUAACAACAUUUUAUUCCGCUUGGUUGCCGCGGUAACCGUCACAGGAUCUUCAUCCUUUCUGGUCACCACUGCAUCUAAAACAGUUUGCCUUGCUCUGAAAUUCGCCCCGAACAUGUCACCUCGAUACGGAUUUGAAGCUAUUAUAAAUAGCAAUAUAAUGAUGUGUUUCACCAGAGAAUGGACUGAUUGAAAAAAUAUGGACUACGUAUGUCUCAGAUGUUACCGACCUGUUUACACAACACCAUUUUAAGGGAGUCGAUUUGCUCUCUAAGGAAGGUCGCAAUUGGAUGAGAUUUAUGCUACCAGCAGUGGAAAAAAUCCCUAUUUGGCAAAUUGAGGGCGGGACCUGAAUAUCGGCCUCUCAUUGGUCCAUGGCCGAAACUCAUGAAUAUUGAUUCCUUAAUAACCUUUUAAUGAGAUAAAAACCGUCAAACCGAACCUCAGAAAAUACAUCAUAUGACGUUGGGUGGAUUUAAAUUUAUAACAUCGAUAGUUCAAUAAAUAAAAAAGAAAAUUAUAUUUAUGCAUUACGACACUUUUUAGCACAAUAACACUACUACUUUGAGAGAAAUUGUGUUGUUUACAGCUUGUGUAAUCUACUGUAAAAAAUGAUUACAUUGAAUACAUUCUAUAUUAGAAAAAAUAAAUGGGUUACAUGUAAUUGUUGUGCACAUGCAUAGCGUGCCUAGGACGGAAGUCAAGGCGAGCUAAGGGUUUGUUUCCUUGAGCUACGUCUGCAGGUGUUUAGCUAAGGGCUAAUUAGCGCUGUAGCAGCCAGUUGCUUCUGACCAGAGCCAAUAAACCCCUUUGUUAAGUUAA